AUGUCCUUCUCUAAGGCGAAGAUCAAGCGAUAUUACGACGAUGCUGGCUGUGCCCCACCACCAGGACACUACGAGGUGCAGCAGCCUGAGAACGCAGCUCACGGAGCGGUCAUCACCAAAUCUGAGCGCUUCAAGGUGCCAAAAGAUCCCCCUCCUCCCCCCUCGUCUGGGAAGCCAAGCCGUACCAAGAGCAGCUCCACCAGUAACCUGAGCGCAUCUGGAGACGGACUGGCCAAGAAACUCUUCCCUGGAGGGACCCCUGGGUCUGCAGCCAAAGGCAAGACACCAGACCAGGCCUCUUCUGAGCUAAAGAAAGAGAAGGAUCGUCUGGAGCGAGAGCUGUGUUUGCUGCAGCAGCCUACAGAGCACGAUGCGCAGCUGUCUGCAGCUAAAGAGGAGCUGCAGAAAACAGAGGGGAAGCUGAAGGCUGCGCUCGCCGAGAAAAAGCCUGAAUACUCACAAUUACUUGUUUUCUUGCAGCUUCGUCGGUUGCUACAGCAGCGUACAGAGCACGAUGCCCAACUGGCCGCAGCUAAAGAGGAGCUGCAGAAAACGGAAGGGAAGCUGAAGGCUGCCCUCGCCGAGAAGAACACGCUCACGACCAACGUGGCACAGCUCGAGAGGCAGAGCAAGGAGCUGAACAAGACAAAUGAUCUGCUCAAGACAAAGGUUUCCAGUAUGGAAGGCACCAGACAGAGACACGAGAGUGCUCACCAGGACCUGGCUGAUACCAGGGCUAAACUACAGGCAAAGCAACAGGAGCUGUCCAGCCUACAGACAGAGUGUGAGGCACAGGUGCGGAGCCUACAGGCAGACCUGGAUGCUGCCAGGACAAACAUCGCUGCUCUGAAGGAGAGGAACGAGGCACUGGCCAAAACCAACCAGGAGAUCCAGGUGCUGAGUGAGCAGACAGAGAACGAGGUCUCCCAGCUGCAAAUGCUUACCGACCAGCUGAGAUCUGAGAACAGGUCACUGGAGGAGGCCAUGGCACAGGAGAAGGAGGAAAGUCAGACUCUGCAGAAGAAACUCCAGGAGGCCAUACAGGAGUCGGAGAGAAGGGUUCAGCAGAUAUCCGACAGUCUGACAGAAAAAUAUCAGAAUGCUGUAGAACGUCAGGAGAACUGA